CGCGGCCUCAGAGCCACGGGAGCCCGCCCCGCCCCGCCCCGCGCCGCCCGCGCCGGCUCCGCAGCUUGCGCCUGCCCGCCUGCCGGCCCGCCCGGCGCCGGGCCAUGGCGCUGCUGCGGGAUGUGUCGCUGCAGGACCCGCGGGACCGCUUCGAGCUGCUGCAGCGCGUGGGGGCCGGGACCUAUGGCGACGUCUACAAGGCCCGCGACACGGUUACGUCCGAACUGGCCGCCGUGAAGAUAGUCAAGCUAGACCCAGGAGACGACAUCAGCUCCCUCCAGCAGGAAAUCACCAUUCUGCGUGAGUGCCGCCACCCCAAUGUGGUGGCCUACAUUGGCAGCUACCUCAGGAAUGACCGCUUGUGGAUCUGCAUGGAGUUCUGUGGAGGGGGCUCCUUGCAGGAGAUUUACCAUGCCACUGGGCCCCUGGAGGAGCGGCAGAUUGCCUACGUCUGCCGAGAGGCACUGAAGGGGCUCCACCACCUGCAUUCUCAGGGGAAGAUCCACAGAGACAUCAAGGGAGCCAACCUUCUCCUCACUAUCCAGGGAGAUGUCAAGCUGGCUGACUUUGGGGUGUCAGGCGAGCUGACAGCAUCUGUGGCCAAGAGGAGGUCUUUCAUUGGGACUCCCUACUGGAUGGCUCCGGAGGUGGCGGCCGUGGAGCGCAAAGGUGGCUACAACGAGCUGUGUGAUGUCUGGGCCCUGGGCAUCACCGCCAUUGAGCUGGGCGAGCUGCAGCCGCCUCUGUUCCACCUGCACCCCAUGAGGGCCCUGAUGCUCAUGUCGAAGAGCAGCUUCCAGCCGCCCAAACUGAGAGAUAAGGCUCGCUGGACCCAGAAUUUCCACCACUUCCUCAAGCUGGCUCUGACCAAAAAUCCCAAGAAGAGGCCGACAGCAGAGAAGCUCCUGCAGCACCCAUUCACAACCCAGCAGCUCCCUCGGGCCCUCCUCACACAGCUGCUGGACAAAGCCAGUGACCCUCAUCUGGGAACCCCCUCCCCUGAGGACUGUGAGCUGGAGACCUACGACAUGUUUCCAGACACCAUUCACUCCCGGGGGCAGCACGGCCCAGCUGAGAGGACCCCUUCGGAGAUCCAGUUUCACCAGGUGAAAUUUGGCGCCCCACGCAGGAAGGAAACAGACCCACUGAAUGAGCCGUGGGAAGAAGAGUGGACACUAUUGGGAAAGGAAGAUCUGAGUGGGAGCCUGCUGCAGUCGGUCCAGGAAGCCCUGGAGGAAAGGAGCCUGACCAUCCGGUCAGUCUCAGAAUUCCAGGUGCCACACGGAAAGAGGCUGGAGCUGGGAUCCAGGCCGUUGCAGAGGGUGCGAUUGGAGUGGGAUGCGGUCACAGGACGACCUGCUAACGGCCAGACCGGGCCCUGCCCCUCCUGCCAGGAGCUGGACUCCCCAGACGAUGCCAUGGGAACCAUCAAGCGGGCCCCGUUCCUGGGGCCACUGCCCCCUGAGCCUCCAGCUGAGGAGCCUCUGUCUAGUCCCCAAGGAACCUUGCCCCCACCUCCUCCAGGCCCCAACAGUCCCCCACUGCUGCCCACGGCCUGGGCCACCAUGAAGCAGCGGGAGGAUCCUGAGAGGUCGUCCUGCCACGGACUCCCCCCAACGCCCAAGGUGCACAUGGGCGCCUGCUUCUCCAAGGUCUUUAACGGCUGCCCCCUGCGGAUCCAUGCUGCUGUCACUUGGAUUCACCCUGUGACUCGGGACCAGUUCCUGGUGGUGGGGGCCGAGGAGGGCAUCUACACUCUCAACCUGCAUGAACUGCAUGAGGAUACGCUGGAGAAGCUGAUUUCACACCGCUGCUCCUGGCUCUACUGCGUGAACAACGUGCUGCUGUCACUCUCAGGGAAGUCCACGCACAUCUGGGCCCAUGACCUCCCAGGCCUGUUUGAGCAGCGGAGACUACAGCAACAGGCUCCCCUUUCCAUCCCCACCAACCGCCUCACCCAGCGCAUCAUCCCCAGGCGCUUUGCUCUGUCCACCAAGAUUCCUGACACCAAAGGCUGCUUGCAGUGUCGUGUGGUGCGGAACCCCUACACGGGCGCCACCUUCCUGCUAGCCGCCCUGCCUGCCAGCCUGCUCCUGCUGCAGUGGUAUGAGCCGCUGCAGAAGUUUCUGCUGCUGAAGAACUUCUCCAGCCCCCUGCCCAGCCCGGCUGGGAUGCUGGAGCCGCUGGUGCUGGAUGGGAAGGAGCUGCCGCAGGUGUGUGUGGGGGCUGAGGGGCCUGAGGGGCCUGGCUGCCGUGUCCUGUUCCAUGUCCUGCCCCUGGAGGCUGGGCUGACACCUGACAUCCUCGUCCCACCUGAAGGGAUCCCAGGCUCGGCCCAGCAGGUGAUCCAGGUGGACAGGGACACAGUCCUAGUCAGCUUUGAACGCUGCGUGAGGAUUGUCAACAUGCAGGGUGAGCCCACAGCCACACUGGCGCCUGAGCUGACCUUUGACUUCCCCAUUGAGACUGUGGUGUGCCUGCAGGACAGCGUGCUGGCCUUCUGGAGCCACGGGAUGCAAGGCCGCAGCCUGGACACCAACGAGUGCCCCCCACCAUCUUCCCAGGUGACCCAGGAGAUCACAGAUGAAACGAGGAUCUUCCGAGUGCUUGGGGCCCACAGAGACAUCAUCCUGGAGAGCAUUCCCACUGACAACCCAGGGGCGCACAGCAACCUCUACAUCCUCACAGGCCACCAGAGCACCUACUGAGAGCGGCGGGCCUGGCCAGGGGCUCCCCACCCCAUGCCUUAGCUGCAGGCCCUUUUGGGCAAACAGGCCCAUCCCAGACCAGAGAAGCCCAGGCCCCAGCCCUGCUGGGGCUGAAGGGCAGAAUUAAUCCUGAGAAAUGUUUCAGGCCUGGGGAGGGAGGGGAGCCACCCCCACGCCUCUGCAAUAACUGGACGGGGGGAGCUGCUGUCACUCCCCCUUCCCUGAGGCAGCCCAGUCCCUAGUACCCAAGGCAGGGGCCCUGGGCCAUCCAUUCCAUUUUGUUCCACAUUUCCUUUCUACUCUUUCUGCCAAGAGCCUGCCCCUGCAUUUCUCCUGGGGAAUGUGGUGUUUAGGAGAGAACUAUAUUGGUAUUAAAGCUGAUUUGUUUUACUCCUCUGGUCCCUCCGGGUCGGGGGAGUGAACCCACCUCCUCUCCCACCUCCUUCCCUUCCUCUCUCCCUCCCUUUCUGUGUGCACCUCAGAAGGGCAGGGCCCCUGGGGUUUUCGGGAAGCCAGGUAAGGUGACAGGAGGCCAUGGUUCCUAGCAGUCAUCCGAGGGGCACUGUGCCUUCCCUGUACCCUUGCUCAGAACUUACCCUCUGCUUUGUUGUUAGAGGCCUUUGCUGUAGUUUGGCACCCCAAGGACUCAUGCAGAUGGGGGGCACCAACAAUGGGACUCUAAUCCAGGACACCCUUGCCCCACCUAGGAUCUCACUGGGUGGCCCCUGGAAGGGCCCAGGAGGAGCCCCCUGAGGGCUGUUCCCUCUAGUCCCAGAGAGGCUGCUGCCCGUGGGGGUAACCUGCAUGACCUGUAUCCCCUGCCUCCACCUACUGCCCACAUAUUAGGCCAGGACCGUCAGAUGAUAGCACGAUCAUCAGAUUCAACAGGAAGGUUAGCCUGUGUCCAGGUAACAGAUAUUCCUGAGGGCUGCCUCAGUGCCAGGCCCUGGGAUCACUAUGAGAAACGGACCCGCCUCUGGGCAGGGGCAUCCUCCUUGCUGGAGCCUGCAUCUUGGCAUGGCCAUCUCCUGUAGCUUGUGCUUAUGCUGCCAUUCUCCCAGGGUCUGUCUUCCCCAGCUCCAAACCCCAGGGUCCCCAAGGCCAGGCAUCCCCUGUUGCCCCAGGCACUGGCCAGCGCUCUUGCCCUGAGCCUUUGGGCAGCUGAGGCCCAGGAGGCAGGAUGGGAGCUGCCUUGAGGGCCCACAAUUGGGGGGCGGGGAGGUGGGGGCAGGGUGGGGGUAAAAGCUGGAACAAAGGCCCCAUAAAUCACCUCGACAUUCAAGGCAGUAUUAGAGGAAGAAUUUUGCACCUGGCGGGCAGCAGGAAGGACUUGUGAAGUGAGUGGUGUGGUGGGCGGUGGGUGGGUGGUAGCCAUGGGAGUAGGCUUAGUGGCUCCCAGGGUGUCACACGGUCCCCUCAUCCACCCUCCAGCAGAGCUCCAAGUGUUCUGACUCCAGCCAGUGACUGGGAAGGUUUCUUGGCAGGAAUGGGGAGCCAGCCCAGGGUAGGGAGCACCUUCCAAAUUGGGGGUGGUGGUAACAGGGAUACAAAGUGAAUUCCUAACUUCCAGUUCUCCAGACUUCUUGGAGGAAUGUUGGGACCCAGGUAGGGAUCCAGUGGGGACAGGGAGGUGAGCUCCCCCUCAGCAAUGGCCCCUGACCGAAGGCACCCUGGGAAGGGCUGGCUUUUCGCCCACUGAGCAGCCGGCAGCAGACAGCGCCACCUUGUGGAGGAUCUUCCGGGCCCUCAUUCAGUCUGGAAAGGGGCUUUGGACUGCAGAGUGUAAUGCCAAAGUGGGAACCUCCUGUAAAACGUUUGCUGCCAGCAAAGGCAGGCCAAGAGCAAAGAAAGGCCAAGAAGCCAGGGAAUAUGCACUCAGAGACUAACAUUUUAUAAAUUUUAUUUAUGUAUUUUUAAAUGGGUAAUCUUUGCCCAUGAUACAUAUUUUUUUAAAUAGAGCAGAGAUAUAAUGAAGAGUCUCCCUCUUACCCCUGUCCCCAGCCACCCUGGUCCCAGUUACUUAUGAACCCUUCUAGAAGUAUUUAUGCGUAUUUAAGCAAUUUAGUAUAUUUUAUUAUUUGCAAUUUUUAAUACAUGUAGUAACAUGUUCCACUUAUUGUUCUGACCUUGCCCUUUAAAAAUGUAUCAUGAUGGCUCACACCUGUAAUCCCUGCUUUUGGGAGGCCGAGGCAGGCAAAUCACAAGGUCAGGAGUUUGAGACCAGCCUGGUCAACGUGGUGGAACCCUAUUUCUACUAAAAAUACAAAAAAUUAGCUGGGCAUGGCGGUGCGCAGCUGUAAUCCCAGCUACUUUGGGGGGCUGAGGCAAGAGAAUCGAUUGAACCGGGAGGCAGUUAACCGAGAUCAUGCCACUGUACUCCAGCUCAGGCGAUAGUUCGAGACUCCAUCUAAAAAAAAAAAAUUACGUAUAUAUCCUGGAGAAUAUGAAUAUUAAAUUGUCACAUGCACCCAGGAAAAAUAUAUAUAUUCUGGAGAGUUUUGCGUUAUGAAAAAUCUCCUUUUAAAAAAAUUAUUUUUUACAGCUAGUGGUACCCCAUUGUGUGUGUUUCCCAUAACAAAUGUUAAUGACCUGCAGUGAGAUCCCUAUUGGUGGAAACUUGAGUUGUUUUUACUACUUUGAUAUUACAAACAAUGCUGCAAUAAAUAUUCUUAUGCCAGUGCCCCUCUGUACAUAUUCAAGCGUUUCUAGAGGAUAACUUCCGGGAAGGAGCAUUACUGAGUCAGUGGUGGCUGCGUCUGUCGUGGUAACAGCUGCUGUCCAGUUGCCCUCUAUGAGCAGAAACCUGUGAGAGGGUCAGACCAAACAUCAUUCUUGAGGACAAAUAGAAGGGACGUGGUUCCCCCCAGGAUGUUCAGGUAACUGGCCUGGACCCGGAGUAGUCCUGGUGGUGAGAGUCAAGGGCAGCGCUAUGAUGUGUGCUUCGGACGGCGGAGGAUCUGCUGUAUUCCCUGUGGCAUGUCCAGCACCUGCUCACUGCUGGUGCACAGGAGACCCUCAUGAGUAAAGGAAUGGAAAGAUGUGGUGAUGAGGAGUCCCUGCAGUCUGCCCUUGGACUGGGUGAGCCACCCCACCUUGCUGAGCUUUACUUUCCAUAGGUUUACCAUAUCCUAAGCCAACUGCAGGGCUAUUGGGAGGAUCAGAACUACCGUAAUAGACAUAAUGCAAUAACACAGAUGAAUCUUAGAGGUAAAUUAAAACAGUACUUCUAUGCACAGUAUGAUAGCAUUUUACAAUGCUCAAAAACAAGAUGAAACCAUCUAUUACUUAGUGAUACAUGCACAAGAUACAACUCUACUAAAAAUCAAGAGAAGGAAAAGCACAAAAUCCGAGAUGGUGAUCGCUGAGAGGAAUGUGGGGUGGGAUAAGGAGCCCAGGAGUUUGUUAAGGUAUUAGUAAUGUCUUAGCUCUCAGGUUCUGUGGUAGGUUCAUGGGUUUUUAAUUUAUAAAUCUGUUCCUAACUCACAUCAGGUGCACACAUCCUUUUGUAUGUAUCAAAUAUUAUGUCAUAAAAUUUAGUUUGGGCCUGAUGGUUAACACCUGUAGUUCCAGCACUUUGGGAACCUGAGGCAGGCAGAUCACUUGAGCCCAGGAGCUCUAGACCAGUCUGGGCAACACAACAAAACCCUGUCUCUACAAAAAAAAAUACAAAAAUUAGCUGUGCAUGGAGGCACUCGCCUGCAGUCCCAGCUACUCUGGAGGCUAAGGUGGGAGGAUUGCUGGAGCUUAGGAGUUCAAGGCUGCAGUAAGCUAUGAUCUUGAUACAGCCUGGGUGACAGAGUGAGACCCUGUCUCAAAAGGAAAAAAAAAAAAGGAAUAAAAUUUUAAAUAUUUAAAAGUAAUCUCUGAAAAAAAUAGAACUUGCUUGAAAAACAAAACCAAAAACUUAACAGGACACUCCUAGAUGACAAAAACAAGUGGAGAGGAAUCACUGCAGUCUCUGUCCAGGUAACUGCAGUUACCACCUUACAGCUGCUGCCUUUGAGUGUGUCUUGUUGAAAGACAGCUUUAUUGAGGUAUAACUGGCGUACAGUAAGCUGCAUAUAUUAAAAAUGUGUAUUUGAUGACUGACAUACGUGUACACCUAUGAAGCCGUUUCCACAGUCAAGAUAACCAACAUCCCCUUCACUCUGGAAAGUUUCCCCUGCCCUUGCGAAGCCCGCCCUCCCGCUCCUCCUGCCUCCCAUCACCAAGUGACAACUGUGCUGCUUUCUGUCACUAUAGGUUAAUUUGCACUUUCUAGGAUGUAUGUAAAUAGAAUCAUACAGUAUGUACUUGUGUUUCGCCUGGUGUCUUGCUUAGCUGGGCGUAAGGAGUUGCGAGUCAUCUCUGUUGCAUGUGUUCAUAGUUUUUAUUGCCCAGCAGUAUUCCGUUGUUUGGAUGUACCAGUUUGUUUAUUCACCUGCUGAUGACAUCUGGACCAUGUCUAGUUUUGGAGUAUUACAAAUAAAGCUAUGAACAUUCA